GCUACUUUUAUAUUCUUUUCUGAUAUCAAGAGCCACAGCUUCAAACAUACACACAAACCUUCACAAUUUUCAAGAACACAAGGGAUAAAGUUUCAAUCAUUAGUUUUGUAAAUUGUGGUGGAUCAAUACAGUGAGAUGGAUCAGCCAAAGAAAGUUGCUGACAGGUACCUGAAGCAAGAAGUUCUUGGCCAAGGUACUUAUGGAGUCGUCUUCAAAGCUACCGAUACUAAGAACGGACAAACUGUAGCGAUAAAGAAGAUAAGACUUGGUAAAGAGAAAGAAGGUGUGAAUAUAACAGCUCUAAGAGAAAUCAAAUUACUCAAAGAGCUUAAGCAUCCUCAUAUUAUAGAGUUGGUUGAUGCCUUUCCUCACAAGGAGAACUUGCACCUUGUGUUUGAGUUCAUGGAGACUGACCUCGAAGCAGUGAUUCGAGAUCCUAAUCUGUUUCUCUCCCCCUCUGACGUCAAAUCUUACCUCCAAAUGACAUUGAAAGGUCUUGAGUAUUGCCAUGACAAAUGUGUUUUGCACAGAGAUAUGAAGCCAAACAACUUGUUGAUAGGACCCAAUGGGCAACUAAAACUCGCAGACUUUGGGCUAGCACGUAUAUGUGGUAGCCCAGGUCGUAAGUUUACACACCAGGUCUUUACUAGAUGGUAUAGAGCACCUGAGCUUCUCUUUGGUGCAAAACAUUAUGGUUCUGCUGUUGAUGUUUGGGCUGCUGGCUGCAUCUUCGCCGAGCUUCUACUACGCAGACCUUUUCUUCAGGGGAACAGUGAUAUCGAUCAGUUAAGUAAAAUCUUUGCUGCUUUUGGGACUCCUAAAGAAGAUCAGUGGCCAGAUAUGUUAUCACUUCCUGAUUAUGUAGAGUAUCAGUUUGUCCCUGGGGUGUCUCUACGUUCUUUAUUCCCAAUGGUUAGUGAGGAUGCUUUAGAUUUGUUGUCUAAGAUGUUCACCUAUGACCCCAAGUCUAGAAUAUCGAUUCACCAGGCUUUACAACACAGGUACUUCACAUCAGCACCUUCUCCUACUGACCCAUUAAAGCUACCAAUACCAGUUUGUAAGCUGGAUGCUAAAUCAUCUGACAGUAAACUCAAAACUAUUACGGUGUUGUCACCAGCACAUAAGCUUAGAAGAGUGAUGCCUGACCGAGGAAAGAGUACGGAUGUCAUGAAACAAGCUAGCCAUGAUGGACAAGCACCUAUGUCUUUAGAUUUCACCAUACUAGCUGAGCGGCCACCAAACCGACUAACCAUCACCAGCGCGGAUAGAUCUAAUCUGAAGAGGAAACUCGAUCUCGACUUCCUGUAGGAUAUAACUUAACAUGCUUGUUUCUUAUUCAUGUUAUAUUACUACUAGUGAUGAUGAACAUGGAGAAUCAUUCUUUUUGGUUUACUAUAAAGUAUAAACACACAAAGCAGAGAAACCUUCAUUGACAGAUC